UCGACGGUGUAGCUUUAUUAUUAUUUUUUUUUUCUUUCUUUCUUUCUUUUGUUUGUUUAGUAAACGUUGCAUCAGCUGGACCGUAAAUGUCCCCGCGGUCUCACUGAGUUUCUUUGCGGGAGUUAUUGGGUGAACAGCCUCCACAGCUGUGACAUGUGUGGUAUCUGGGCUUUGUUUGGCAGCGAUGAGUGCCUGUCGGUUCAGUGCACUUGUGCCAUGAAGAUCGCUCACAGGGGCCCUGAUGCUUUCCGCUUUGAGAAUGUCAAUGGGUUCACCAACUGUUGUUUUGGUUUCCACCGCCUCGCUAUUGUGGACCAGCUGUAUGGCAUGCAACCACUGCGCAUCAAGAAGUUUCCAUACAUGUGGCUCUGCUACAAUGGAGAGAUUUACAACCACCACACACUGAGGAAGCAGUUUGACUUUGAUUACCAGACUAAAAUGGAUGGUGAGAUUUUGCUCCACCUAUAUGACCGCUUUGGCAUUAAGAAGAUGGCUUCUCUCCUGGAUGGUGUAUUUGCUUUCAUUCUUCUGGAUACUGCCAACAGAAAGGUCCAUGUGGGAAGGGAUACGUAUGGUGUCAGACCUUUGUUCAAACUUCUCACAGAUGAUGGAUUCCUCGCAUUGUGCUCAGAGGCCAAAGGUCUGAUAGACAUCACCCAUGCCAUGGCUACUCCUGCCAAUAUUGUCCCCUUCCUCCCUGGUCACUUUGAGGUCUUUGAUUUGAUGCUAAAUGGCAAAGUUCAGUCUAUUCAGAUGGAACAGUUUCACUGCUGCAGACAAGAGCCUUCUCAUGCCAUCUAUGAUACAUUGGAGAGACUACCUACAAGUUUGGAUGAGGAAGUGGUGAAAAGCAACAUCAGAAUUCUGUUUGAAAAUGCUGUAAGGAAACGUCUCAUGGCUCACAGGAGAAUUGGUUGUCUUCUGUCAGGUGGUCUGGACUCCAGUUUGGUUGCUGCUACACUUGUAAAAUUGGCCAAGGAGGAGAAGCUACCAUAUCCCAUUCAGACAUUUUCAAUUGGAUCAGAUGACAGUCCAGACAUCCUAGCUGCUCGCAAGGUGGCGGCUCAUAUUGGCAGUGAACACCAUGAGGUGAACUUCACCGCAGAAGAAGGCAUCAAAGUUGUGGAGGAAGUUAUUGUCCACCUGGAGACCUAUGACAUCACCACCAUUCGUGCAUCUGUGGUUAUGUACUUGGUUUCAAAGUACAUCAGACAGCAGACGGACAGUGUUGUGAUCUUCUCUGGAGAGGGUUCUGAUGAGCUAACUCAGGGAUACAUUUACUUCCACAAGGCUCCAACACCCAAAGCUGCAGCGGAUGACAGCAUUCGUCUCUUGAAGGAGCUCUACAUGUUUGAUGUUCUACGUGCUGAUCGCACCACUGCUGCACAUGGACUGGAGCUAAGAGUGCCUUUCCUGGACCACAGAUUCACAGCAUACUACCUUUCCCUGCCUGAGGAAAUGAGGGUCCCUAAGCAUGGAGUGGAGAAGCACCUUCUGAGGGAGUCUUUCAAAGGUCUCAGCUUGAUCCCCGAUGAGAUUCUGUGGAGGUGCAAAGAAGCUUUCAGCGAUGGCGUGACGUCCAUAAAGAGGUCCUGGUAUAUGUGCCUGCAGGAGCAUCUGGAGUCAAUGGUGAACGAUGACCACAUGGAGAAAGCUCAUAAGACGUUCCCUCACAACCCCCCACACACUAAAGAGGCCUACUACUAUAGACAGGUCUUUGAGAAGCACUACCCAGGUCGUGCCCAGUGGCUCUCCCAUUACUGGAUGCCAUGCUGGAUUGAUGCCAGCGAUCCAUCAGCACGGACCUUGUGCAUCUAUAAACCUGACAAACACCAGUGACUGGUUGGGGGCUUCUGUAGUGUGUGAUUUUAGUUUCACUUCUUUGAAAGUUAAAUUACAGUUGGAAUUCACUGAACUGUUAAAACAAAGGGCUUCUAUACUGAAGAUUAAGCUUCAAACUUUUCUUUCUGAUACCUUAUUAUAGUUAAAGGAUCAGGUGAACCUGAAACAUGUCUUAGUUAUACUGCUAUAACCUCGGGCUGCUUGCUUUUAAAACAUACAGCAGAGUUUCAUCACAUGAUUGUAUAUUAGAGUUUCCACUUGUUUAUUUUUGGCUGGGUCUGUUUUCACUGUACAUGCGUUACUGUUUUAUGUAAGCAAACUUGCGUGUGCCCUAACUUGUCCGUUCAGGUUGAACUGCAGAGCAGCAAACUGCCCUGAAAACUCACUGCAGUCCCAAUGAAAAUGCAGACUUACUAACAUUUGAACCAAACUUGUGUCAGGUUUAGUUUGCUGAGGACAUUUUUAUAGUUUGUCAGAGGUGUAAAAGAAAGACCUAAUAUGAACAAUUCUUUUCUUUUUUUUACUGUUUUAGGUCUGACAAACUACAAACUGUUUGGCACCGGCAGUUUGAAUUUUUACAGAACUGGGCCACAAAUAUGAGCGUGGCCUGCAGUUCUAGUGUCUGCAGUUUAGUGUAAUUUAAUAUCCAUAUGCCACAGAAUGGAAACUGUUCUCAAACUCAAAGUUUGAAAGGCAUUUGUCCUGGGGUGCAUUGUAUUUGUAUUCAUUUCUAAGUAAUCAUAUGUCUCUAGCUUCCUGUGUGUUUUACAUUAAUUGCUACUAAAAUAAAAUUUCCUCUUG